CGCUCCCACUCAUCACUCUGGCUGCCCGCUAGCUGGCUGCCAUCCCUCACCGUCCCUCCCCCCUCCCUCCGCCAGAUUCCCUCUCCUCGCGCGCGGCAUUCCGGAACGGCGCAUGGCAUGGCCACCCCGGGGGCCACCUGCGCCAUCUCCUCCGCGCUGGCCCGCCCGCCGGCGCUCCUCGACUACGCCGCCAUCCACGCGUGCCUGCUCCGCGGCGACGCGCGGCGCUCCCUCCCGCUCCUCGCGCUGCUCCUCCUCCUCCACUUCCGCCUCCUCGCCGCCGCGGCCUCGGCGCGCUUCACCCCGGCGGUGUCCCGCCUCGCCGCGCGCCUGCGGCUGUCGCCGUCGAUGGCAGCCGUCACGCUUCUCGCUCUCGGCAACGGCGCGCCCGACGCGUUCGCGUCCGCCGCGGCGCUCGGGGGGCCCCGGGGCAUGCCCAGGGCCGGGCUCGCCGCCGUGCUCUCCGCGGGCGCCUUCGUCUCCGCUUUCGUCGUCGGGGCCGUCGCGCUCGUCGCCGCACCCUUCGCCGUCCCGCCGCCGUCGUUCGCGCGCGACGUCUUCUUCUACCUCCUCGCCGCGUCCGCGCUGUUCUACGUCUACCUCAGCGCCGAGAUCUUCCUCUGGCAGGCCGUCGGGUUCGUGCUCUUCUAUGCCUUCUUCGUGGGGCUAGUCUUCUACAUGGAUUUGGGGAGCGCGGACGGGAAGAAGGCGGUCAGCGCCGCGGCAGCUGACCUGGAGAUGGUGAGUGGCAGUGACCGUGUGGCGGUGGACCUGCCGAUCACAGUGGAGGAUCACAGGCAACAACGACGACCCGCUUGGUGUGCGUUGCUCUGGAAGGUAACAGAAGUUUGGGAGUGGCCCAUCGCACUCGUUCUGAAGCUCACAAUACCAUCAACCCUUCCUUCCGAGUGGAGCAAAGUUUACAUCAGCGCAAACAUCGGCCUGUGCCCUCUCCUAAUCCUGUACUCCUUCAGCUCGUUCAUCCCUCUAGACACCCGAAUAGUGUUCCUCCUCCCGCAAGUCCGCUUCCCUCUAUGGUCCGUCGUGCUCUUCGCCAGCCUGUGCCUAGCCCUCUCCCACUACCUCCUCGAGAAAGAAGCCCCAGAGACAGAGACCAUCGCAAGCACCAUCAUCUCCUUCAUCAUGAGCGUCUUCUGGAUCUCGACCACGGCCGGAGAGCUCCUGAGCUGCCUCGCCGCGGUCGGAGCCAUCAUGGACUUCCCUCCCGCCAUUCUCGGCAUGACGGUCCUGGCGUGGGGGAACUCCGUGGGCGACCUCGUCGCGGACGUGGCGCUGGCCAGGGCUGGGCAGCCUACGAUCGCCGUCGCCGGCUGCUUCGCUGGCCCCAUGUUCAACAUGCUGGUCGGGCUGGGAACCGCCCUUGUGGUACAGACGGCGAGGGUGUAUCCCGGAGCUUUUGUGCUCGAGUUCCAUGUUGGGAUCGUCGUCGCGUUUGUGUUCCUGCUCCUGAGCCUGAUGGGCACCCUGUUGGUGGUCACCUGGGCUAGGUUUCGGGUGCCCAGGUUCUGGGGAUACUGCCUUAUGGGCAUGUACAUCUUGUUCACCGUAGUCAGUAUUGCCAUCGCCAGUUAUUCAGGAUGAUAUGUCAUCCCUUUUUUUGUGAAGAUAGCCGGCCGCUGAUAGAUUGUGGUAUAUAGUUAGCAUGCGCAAUCUGUCUGUCUGGUUCAAUGCCUACGUUUGCUGAUUUUGGCGGUGCCGGUGUGGCACGCGGAAUUUAAUGUGAUAUUUAAUUUGCUGCCGCAUUUAC